AUGCCAGGAUCAACUCUCCACAAGACUGGUAGUGCCAUCCCGCAAAAGGGCUCCAUCGCAGAUGUGGCCAAAGUGUCUAUCCGGGAAUUCCUGCACAGAAUGAAUGUCGCACUUCCCAGAUUCUCGCGCGACGCGGAGCUCGAGGCCAGAGUGAAGGCGAUUACCCGCACCUGGCCCUUUGAGCAACGUAUCCGGCGGCACAUUGUGACGGGCCUCGUCAUCACUGAGGCGAGCUAUCCACACGUGUCGGACAUCGAAGCCAGGGUAGCCAUAGCGAUCUACACAGCGCUCCUGACCGCGGUAGAUACCCCAGAGCUAUUCGACGCUGUGGGUGCGCAAGACUUCUACCAGCGGAUAUGCGACGGGUCCCUUCGAGACGACAGGGGGAUGCUAGGCGAGUUCGUCAGAGUGAUCAUGAACAUGGGCCAGUUCUAUUCCAGCUUCUGCGCGAGCAGCAUCUUCUCGUCCACGCUGCGCUUCUUGAAUGGCGAGCUGAUCGGGAACCCGGAGAGCAAGUCGUUCGUAGAGCCGAACUCGAAGGCGUUUGUGGAUUUCUCCCGUGGCAUGAACGGCGACGCGGAAGCGUACGCAGCGUUCAUAUGGAGCAAGGGCGACUUGCCAGGCGAGAACACUUAUAUCCAAGUCUUCCCGGAUGCUUGCCUGUAUAUCAACCACGCAAAUGACAUUUUAUCCUUCUAUAAGGAGGAGCAGGACGGCGAGGUCGCAUCGUACAUCCACGCUCGGGCGCGCAUCACGGGCAGGUCCACUAUUGCCACGCUGCGCGAAGUCAUCGACGAGGUCGUAGCCGCUUCGGAGCGCAUCCGUCGCACGCUCGGUGAAGGACCAGCGAGGGAGGCUUGGGACAGUUUUGAGCGGGGAUAUAUUAGGUUCCAUGUGGGCGAUCCUCGAUACCGGCUGCAGGACAUAAUCGGCGCGCAUUGGGAGUACAUGAUAGAUGCGACGACAUUCUAAACUGGUGUGGUUGUUGUUAAGUCCCGUUCAUCGUCAUUUGAGGGCGAGGCCCUCUGUAGACUCUAGACUGGUGUUACUUGGGUCUGUGUUGGACAUAGAAGUACUGCUCAUACAGCGU